AUCUGUGAUACUUUGCUGCUCAGCCUGUUGAUGUGUUUACUAUAAUGGCAGAUGCAAUGGACUUGAUGAAUUGUUCAAUUUGCCUGGAUCUACUGAAAGAUCCGGUGGCUAUUCCCUGUGGACACAACUACUGUAUGGGCUGUAUUGAGGACUGCUGGAAUCAGGGUGAUCUUAACGGUGUCUACAGCUGCCCAAACUGCAGAAAGACCUUUACCCCGAGGCCUGUUCUGAACAAAAAUACUCUACUGGUUGAAUUGGUGGAGAAACUGAAGAAUACAGGACUACAUGCUGCUUUAGCUGCUCACUGUUAUGCUGAACCUGGAGAUGUGGAGUGUGAUUUCUGCAUUGGGAGAAAACUCAAAUCUGUGAAAUUCUGUCUGGUGUGUCUGGCCUCUUACUGCGAGACUCAUCUACAGCCUCAUUAUGAAGUAGCUCCAUUAAAGAAGCACAAGCUGGUCAAAGCAUCCACACAACUCCAUGAGAUGAUCUGCUCUCAUCAUGACAAACUGCUGGAGGUUUACUGCCGUACAGAUCAGCAGUGUAUCUGUUAUCUUUGUACAGUGGAUGAACAUAAAGGCCAUGAUACAGUGUCAGCUGCAGCAGAAAGAAAUGAAAAACAGAAACAGUUGGAUGAGAAACAGCAGAUAUUAAAGCAGAGAAUCCAGAAGACGGAGAUGGGGGUGUUGGAGGCGAGACAGUCUAUACAGUUUGUCAAGAGCUCUGCACAGGCAGCAGUGGAGGACAGUGAGAGGAUCUUUCCUGAGCUUAUCCGCUCCAUUGAGAGAAGGAGCUCUAAGGUGAAGCAGCUGAUCAAAGCCAAGGAGAUGGCUGAAGUGAGUCGAACUGAAGGACACCUGAAGCAACUGGAGGAGGAGGUGGUUGAGCUAAGGAGGAAAGACGCUGAGCUGGAGCAGCUCUCACACACAGAGGAUCACAUCCAUUUCCUCAAGAGUUUCCAGUCUUUCUCUGUCCCGCCGGGAAUUGAGGGCUUACCCAGCACUUUUAACCCUCAUGUCUCCAUUGAGGAUGUCAAGAAGUCCCUCUCUGAACUACAAGACCGAAUGGAGAAUGUAUUCAAUGAGGAAAUGGUAAAGAUAUCUAGAAAAGUUGGAUAUGCCUUUCAUUUAGCCAGUAGCCCAAUGAGGAAAAUCCUCUUCUGCUUUGGAGAAUGCACCCCUGGCUUCAGCUUCCAACCAGUUAUCAGUCCCUCCAAGUCCCCGGCCAAGCUGAACCGGAUCAGGGUGUCUGUGGACGAGGACCAGGACGUGACUCAAGACAAACAGGCUACUAAAACCAAAGUCUUUACUGGUGGGUCAGCUUCAGUGGGAGGAUUUACUUUUAGAUUUGGGGCCGACUCUCAGCCCACCACCAACCCUCCCAUCCCUGAGUCUGGCUACUUCAUCAAGCCCUUCAUCGUACCUGUCCAACCAGCUAAGAGCAUUGGGCGAAAGCCUGUGGACUUUGGGAAGAUGUCUUUUGGCCAGCCAAUCCCUGCUGAGCCUCCUAAAGUGCUUAGCUUUGGUGCUGGAAUAGUCGCCCAGUCCACUCCAUCAUCCGCUGCCUUUAAAUUCAACUCCAACUUUAAAUCCAAUGACGGGGACUUCACCUUCAAGUCCAAAAACAAUGAGAGCCUGUUAGGUCUUCUGACGUCAGACAUUCCCACCAAAUCAGAGGACCCCUCAGAGGGGAAGCCCCAAUAUCCUCCUAGCCUGGGAGGGAUACUUACCUUUGGCACUAAAAGCGCUCUUGGGUUCUCCUUUAAUGACUCAAUCCAGAUCCAGGACAAACCAAACCUGUUUGGAAAAUUUGACCAGCCAUUUAGUUUCACUGAUGUAACCACGCCGGUAUUUGGGCUGGCAAACACAGCAGUGGAGGAGAAGGGAGCCGAGAGCAAUAACGACAGCACUCAUGUGGAGGAGGACAAGAAUGGGCCUCACUUUGAGCCUAUUGUGCCCCUCCCUGACAAAGUAGACGUGAAGACUGGAGAGGAGGAAGAGAAGGAGAUGUUCUGUAACAGGGCCAAGCUGUUCAGAUUCGAUGCGGAGACAAAAGAGUGGAAAGAGAGAGGUAUCGGCUUAGUCAAAAUCCUAAAGCACAAUACAUCAGGGAAAGUGCGUCUACUGAUGAGGAGGGAGAAGGUUCUAAAGGUCUGUGCUAACCACUACAUCACGCCAGAUAUGCUCCUGAAACCAAAUGCUGGAUCUGACAAGUCCUGGGUCUGGAAUGCCGUUAAUUAUGCGGAUGAGGAACCAAGGCCUGAGCAACUGGCCAUCCGGUUCAAAACGGAAGACGAGGCAUUGCUCUUCAAGACAAAGUUUGAAGAGGCUCAGAAGAUCGUUCCCAAAUCUCCAGAAAAGCAGCAAGAUCAGUCAUGUAGGGAAAAAAAAUAUCCUAAACACUCUGCCCCAGAGGCGACAAACUUUGGUGCCCAGUUUGCAAAGAAGUACGGGGAGUGGGACUGCAAUGUGUGCUGUGUAAGAAAUGCAGCUAAAGUUAUGCAGUGUGUUGUCUGCCAGACUGCCAACCCUAAUGCCCCAUCAAAGCUGGACAGCGCACCGGCUACUGACAUCAAAGGCUUUACUAGUGGGGCAGCUUCAGUGGGAGGAUUUACUUUUGGAUUUGGAGCUGACUCGUCAAAAGACACCAGCAGCGCAGGAUCUAUUGGAAAAGGAUUUGGGUCUUUUGGAGCUCAUAUACCCUCCUCCUUUACGUUUGGAACCAGUGGCACCACUUAUAUACCUGCUGCUGGUUUUGGUGCCCAGUUUGGAAAGAGGCAAGAAACCACAAAAGUAUCAGCAGAAUCAAAGCCCUCAACCAUGCCAUUUGGCUCUGGAUUUGGUGUGCAGUUCGGCAUAAAUCCAGGGCAGUGGGACUGCGAUACAUGCACUUUAAGAAAUGAGGCAUUUGCAAACAGAUGUCUCUCUUGUCAAACUCCUAACCCUUCAGGAAAACCUGCUGCUGGUGCCCCAGCUUUGGCAACCCUCUCAAUUGGGUCUGGAUUUGGUGCACAGUUUGGCAAAAAACCAGGGCAGUGGGAGUGUGACACGUGUCUUGUUAGAAAUGAGGAGUCUGCUAGCAGUUGUGUUUCUUGUCAAACUCCAAACUCUGUAGCCAAAACAGAUGUAGAUGAAGCAGCAGAAUCAAAGCCCUCAACCAUGCCAUUUGGUGCCCCGGCUUUGGCAACCCUCUCAACUGGGUCUGAAUUUGGUGCCCAAUUCAGCAAAAAGCUAGGGCAAUGGGACUGUGAUACAUGCGUUGUAAGAAAUGAGGCUUCUUCAAGCAGUUGUGUUUCUUGUCAAACUCCUAACCCUUCAGCAAAAUCAACAGUAGAGGUAGCACCAACAACAGAGCCAACAGUGUCAGACUUUGGUGCUGCUUUUUCAAGGAAGGAUGGACAAUGGGACUGUGACACCUGUCUAGUGAGGAAUGAUGCAUCUGCCUCUAAGUGUGUUUCCUGCCAGACACCCAACCCCAAUGCUAGCAGCUCCUCUCUUAGGGCCAUGUUUGCCAGGCAGGAGAGACAGUGGGACUGUGACACAUGUCUAGUCAGAAACAACGACUCUGCUAGUCAAUGUGUCUCCUGUCAGAUGCCCAAUCCCAAUUUUAAGAGCAUAGCCACAGCCGCCACUUCCAGCUCAUCCUUCAGCUUUAACUUCGGGAGUCGGACUGCCUCUACUCAACCCACAGGCACUGGGUUUAAAGCGAACUUCAAGGGUGACAGCUCUUUGCAGUUUGGCACAGGCAAAGUUGAUAAAAGUUCCCCUGCAUCCUUCAAGUUUGAGACCCCUCCUCAGGCUGAAAGCAGUACCCCCAGUGCUGCAGGCUUCUCUUUCACCAUGCCCAUCCCAGCAGGUGGCUUUAAGUUUGGCACUCAGGAAACUGCAAAGGAAACCCUACCAGCUGAAACUCAGACCCCUGCUUCAGGGUCUGCGUCAAUGUUCCUGAAGAAUAUCGCAGAGCAGCACAGAGAGAAGGAAUUUGGUGUCAGUGUAUAUGCAUCAGUGCUGUCAGUGGACAAGACGGGUCAGGAUGAAAAUCCCCUCUUCAUUGGCAAACCCAACGACUUCAGUUUUGCAGACUUGGCUAAAAACUCACAAGGAGACUUCCAGUUUGGUCAGACUGACUCCAAUUUCAAAGGCUUCACCCGCGCUGGUGAGCAGCUGUUCACAUCCCUUCAGUCAAACCAGAGGGCAGACACCUCAGCUGACCAGGAUGAAGAGGGCAUAUACAAGACAGAGGAUAUUGACGAUAUCCAGUUUGAGCCUGUGGUCCAGAUGCCAGAGAAAGUGGACCUGGUCACAGGAGAAGAGGACGAACAGGCUCUCUACUCUCAGAGAGUGAAGCUCUUCAGGUUUGAUGGAGACAUCAGCCAGUGGAAGAAGAGGGGCGUUGGGGUCCUCAAGUUCCUGAAGAACGCCACCAAUGGCAGGCUCAGGGUGCUGAUGAGGAGAGAGCAGGUCCUGAAGGUGUGUGCCAACCACUGGAUCACCACCACCAUGAACCUGAAGCCCUUGGCUGGCUCCGACAAGGCCUGGAUGUGGCUGGCUAAUGACUUCUCUGAUGGAGAUGCCAGACUGGAGCAACUCGCUGCCAAGUUUAAAACCCCUGAGCUGGCUGAAGAGUUCAAGCUGAAGUUUGAGGAGUGUCAGAGGCUCCUGUUAGACAUCCCACUGCAGACUCCUCACAAGCUUGUUGACACAGGCAGAACUGCACAUCUCAUCCAGAAGGCAGAGGAGAUGAAGUCCGGCCUGAAAGAUCUUAAAUCUUUCCUGACCGAUGACAAAACCAAGAUCAAGGAUGACGACAGCCAUGCUAACAUCACGACAGCCAGUAACACCUCUGGUCUGAAUAUCAAGCCCCACGCAGAGAACACUGGCCCUACCUUAGAAUGGGACAACUAUGACCUGAGAGAGGAGGCUCUGGACGACAGUGCUGACACCUCUGUCUACGCCUUACCCCUGGAAAGCAGCCCAAUCAGGAAGAACCUCUUCUGCUUUGGAGAAUCCACAGAGGGCUUCAACUUCAGCUUCCAGCCUGUCGUCAGUCCCGCCAAGUCGCUGGCCAAGAUGAACCAGAGCGGGGUGUCUGCGGACGAGGAGCAGGACAUUAGCCAGGAGGAGGAGCGGGACGGCCUGUACUUUGAGCCUGUGGUUCCCCUGCCAGAUCUGGUGGAGAUCUCCACUGGAGAGGAGAAUGAAAACGUGUGUUUCAGCCACAGGGCAAAGCUGUAUCGCUAUGACAAAGACCUGAACCAGUGGAAGGAGAGAGGCAUCGGAGACCUCAAGAUACUGCAGAACUGCGAUACCAAACGAGUCAGACUCAUCAUGAGGAGAGACCAAGUCCUGAAAAUCUGCGCCAACCAUUGGGUCACAUCUUCUAUGAAGUUGGAGCCCAUGAAGGGUGCUGAGAAGGCAUGGGUCUGGAGCGCUAUUGACUUUGCCGAGGUAACUAAGGGAAAUGUUGAGCAGUUAGCUGUGAGAUUCAAACUGAAGGAUGUGGCUAACUCCUUCAGAGAUAUAUUUGACCAGGCUAAAACUGCCCAAGAGAAUGAGAUUCUGGUCACUCCAAUCGCCUCCAGUGAGACCUUUACUCAGGAGGAAGCAAUAGCGACGGGGACAACCGUGUGUGGACGAGCUGCUGUGGCCAUCCUGGAGGAGACCACCACAGAACGGACGGAGCUGUAUCAUGAGACUUUACACACCCCUGACUGUAAGUCCUCCACCGGUACUCCACAUAGCCCUCUCAACCUCUCCAGGAUGGUGAUGUCCCCACCCAAGUUCCUCUUUGGAACAGACUCUCUCCAAAAGUUUUACGGCAGCAGCCCACCGUCAUCCAAGGAGGAUAGUUCUCCAGAGAGCUCCAAGGUUAAAGACAGCAGUCGGACCUCCCAGCCUUUAACUGCAUUCAAAAUCUCAGAAAAGGAUGAGGACUUUGAGACAGCAGUUAAAGCCCUGAAUGGAAAACUGUACCGGGAUCCUCCUGAGAGAGAGGCUGCAAGUGCAGGUUCUGCAGGCCAGGCCGAGGCAGGUGUUGAAGGUCUGGACCCGGAGGUUGAGGUUUUAUGGGAGAAGAGGCCAACUCCAGAGGAGGAACAGAAAGCCAGGAACCUGCAGCUGCCUUCAACCUUCUUCUGUGGUGUAGGCAGCGACAGCGAGGCAGAGAAGGACAAGCCAGAGGACUUUGAGACAGAGUUCCGCAAAGCACAGGAGGCUCUGGAUGCUGAGAGAAGCUCAGACCCUGUUUCAUCUGAGGAUGUGUCCUCCAGCACCUGCGAUUCAGUGCCAGAACAACAGGUCCCAGACCAGUACCCCAGCAGCCAGGAACAGGCUUCAGAUCAGUCUGGGGCAGAAGUCCAGUCCACUACAGCAGAAGAACAGGUCUCAGAUAAGUCCUUAACCAUACAGGAGGCUGAAAUCCCAACCCCAGGUAGCCAGGAACAAGCCACAGAACAGUCGGUUACCAUCCAGGAGGCAGAAGUCCAGUCUUCUACAGCAGAGGAACAUGUCCCAGAUCAGUCCUUAACCAUACAGGAGGCUGAAAUCCCAACCCCAGGUAGCCAGGAACAAGCCACAGAACAGUCGGUUUCCAUCCAGGAUGCUGACAUCCAGUCCUCUACAGCAGAAGAACAGGUCUCAGUUCAGUCAUUAACCAUUCAGGAGGCAGAGGUCCAGUCCUCUACAAAGGAGCAGCAGACUCCAGAUCAGUCAGACUCCACUUCAACACCAUCGCAGACUGCCGUCUCCCGCAGCAGGGAGCAGGCUACAACUCCAAACCCUUCAGAAAAACCUGCUGCUAGUGCCCCAGCUUUGGUAACCCCCUCAUUUGGUUUUGGAUUUGGUGCACAGUUUGGCAAAAAGCCAGGGCAGUGGGAGUGUGACAUGUGUCUUGUUAGAAAUGAGGAGUCUGCAAGCAGUUGUGUUUCUUGUCAAACUCUAAACCCUGCUGCCAGCAGCGGGGAACAGGUUCCAGAUCAGUCAGACUCUACUCCUGCAGCUACCAGCAGCAGCCCUAUAGACCUGUCUGCCAAGAAGACCUCUGAGCCAGACUCCAAUACUACAUUUACUACAACCACUACUCAGGAUGCUCCUAACUCAUUUGGCUCAUUGGGCUUCAGUGCUCUAGGAGGGGAAGGAUUCUCCUUUGCUGAUCUGCCACAGAACACUGGGGGGGAAUUUGCCUUUGGAAAACAAGAUUCCAACUUCUCGUGGGCGAACGCCGGGGCUACGUUGUUUGGAGCUGCAGACCCAGCCAAAGCUGACGGAGGGGAGGAGGAGUGUGAUGAAGGGGACACUAAUAAUGUGGGCAUUGACUUUGAACCCAUAGUCUCUCUACCAGAGGUGGAGACUAAGUCAGGGGAGGAGGAUGAGGAGAUCCUGUUUAAGGAGCGUACCAAGCUGUACCGCUGGGAGAGAGACCUGGGCCAGUGGAAGGAGAGGGGUGUGGGAGACAUCAAGAUCCUCUUCCACCCCGAUAAGAGGUUCUACCGGGUGCUGAUGAGGAGGGAGCAGGUGCUGAAGGUCUGUGCCAAUCACACCAUCUGUCAGAGCAUGGAGCUCAAACCCAUGAACACCUCUAACCAAGCCCUAGUCUGGACAGCUACUGACUUUUCAGAGGGUGAGGGUAAGGUGGAACAGUUGGCAGCCAAGUUUAAGACCGCGGAGCUGGCCGAGAGUUUCAGGAAGGUCUUCUGUGAGUGUCAGAGUCGAAUGAGCCAAUCAGAGGCCUCCACCCUCUCCUCCCCCCAGCUGUCCAGGGUACAGGAACAUUCCAGAGACACCAAUCCCCAGGUGUACCUCUCUAUCUCCGCUGACGACGAGCCCCUGGGAACGGUCACCAUAGAACUGUUCUCUCACAUCGUCCCCAAGACAGCUGAGAACUUCAGAGCUCUGUGUACAGGACAGAAAGGCUUCGGGCUGCGCAACACUGUCUUCCACAGGGUCGUACCCGACUUCAUGUGUCAGGGUGGAGACAUCACCAACCAGGAUGGGACAGGAGGGAAAUCCAUCUACGGGCACAAGUUUGAGGAUGAGAAUUUUGACGUGCGCCACACAGGCCCAGGGCUGCUGUCCAUGGCCAACCACGGCCGAGACACCAACAACUCCCAGUUCUUCAUCACUUUGAAGAAGGCUGAGAACUUGGACUUCAAACAUGUGGCCUUUGGCUUCGUCAGAGAGGGCAUAGAUGUUGUUCGCAGCAUGGGAAAGCUGGGCACCAAGACUGGCCAACCCAGCAAGAAGAUUGUCAUCACCGAAUGUGGACAACUGUAGAGCUUCGUUCUGUUCACUGACUGUUGACAUCUCAACUGUAGAGCUGAGAUCUGGUCACUGACUGUUGACAUCUCAACUGUAGGGCUGAGAUCUGGUCACUGACUAUUGACAUCUCAACUGUAGAGCUUCGUUCUGGUCACUGACUGUUGACAACUCAACUGUAGAGCUUCGUUCUGGUCACUGACAUUGGACAUCUCAACUGUAGGGCUGAGAUCUGGUCACUGACUGUUGACAUCUCAACUGUAGGGCUGAGAUCUGGUCACUGACUGUUGACAUCUCAACUGUAGAGCUUCGCUCUGUUCACUGACAUUGGACAUCACAACUGUAGGGCUGAGAUCUGGUCACUGACUGGACGUCUAUCGGCCUUCGCUCUGGCCAUGGACUGGACAGUGAUAGGUUUUCAAACUGUGGAGUGGACAACUAUAGUAGGAAAAUCUCAAAUGAGACCCUAUACCUCAUGUAAUGUGAAACAUGUUUUUUUUUUUUACCAGAGCCCAUGUGGAGUGCACUAAGGGUUCUGGUAGUGUACUACAGGGGAAAUAGCGUGUCAUUUGAGACAGAGAUGGUCUACUUUUCAUAAGUGUUAACCCACCCUGAAGGUAGCAUGUGACUGUGUGAAUCCCCAGUCUGUAUUUUUGUGUAUAAUGCACAUUCACUUUUCAUGUGUUCCAAUAAGAGUUGAAAACGCUGGUUCCUUCAUAAGCUCCCUAACUUGAUUGUUUUGCAUAAUUAAGCCUUCAUUGAGAUUAACAAGAAACCUUGUUUAAGAACCAACCUCUGUUCAUUUGAACGAUUUUCCUCUCUCCUGCUCCCUGUGAAUACUUUUAGGUGUGGUGGUGUGUUUUUGUGUAUACAUUGAUUUCAUAAUGUACAAAUCAUUGAGACGAACCUUGUUCAUCUUAAACUCCGAAAGUAGGAAUAUGAUGAACUAUAACCUGCUGUGUGACACUUUGGGAGAGGGAUGACAUAAUAUCUUAUGGUUGUGGAAGAACCUUCUAUGGUAUUCUGUUGACAAAUAUCACUUGGAGUUGAAACAAUUCUUAUGGUCAAUAUAUAAAUGAUGCUGGAGAAUGUCUUUAGAAAUAAAGUUGCUUUAUACUGAUAA